AUGGACGCGCGAACCACCGCUGCCCUCCGCAGUCGGGACGCUCGCAUCCGCGAGCAGAACAUCCAGCUGAGCGAGCAAUACGCGCAGCUGAGCCAGCAGCAGGCCGAGGCAGUGGCCGAGCGGCGCCAGCACGCCGAAGAGGCGAGCCAGCUGGUGAGGCGCAACGUUCGCCUCGUGAAGCGCGUCAACGAGCUCGCACGGGCGAGAGAAGAAGCGGAGCGCAGCGCAUUCGAGCUUCGAGCUGAGCUGCAGCGAGUUACCGAGCUGUACCACAAUACGGAAGAACUCGCCGAGUCGCUCGAUCGCCGCCUGCGGGUCGACGACGUCCCUGACCUGGACGAGACGCGGUACGACGCUGCCGCGACGCCGACUCGCACGCUCGUGGGCUUGGAGGAGGGACUGGACUCACCUGCUGAGCCGCCCGCCACGCCGAGCUUCUCCCUGCCGACGCGGCCGCUGCGCACGUUUCAGCGCCGCGGCGGCCUCCACGCACCAGCUCUGUCACUCCUCUCGCCUCUCGUCGAGUGCAGCACGGGCGGCACGGCAGGCACGGCAGACGUGCUCAGUCCGAUUCGGCCGGCCGCCGCCGCUACUCGGAGGGGGCGCCCGCUUCACUCGCCUCUGAGCGAGCCGCGCCGGAGCAAAGAGGCGUUGCCCUCGCCGCUGCACGACCUGGCCGCCGUGCCGUCUGCAACCAUUGACCUGGCGCCAGCAAGCCGCUCUUUGCGCCUGCCCUUCACUCCGUCCAAGGCGGCGCUCUCAGCCCUGGCCGGGACCACCGUGCCGGCAACUGCAGAGGCACGGGUCCAGGUACUCGCCGACCAACGCCAGUCGGUUGGCCAGUCGCACCCUCGAGCGGUCGUCGCUCCACCACGCAAGGCAGCGAAUGGAAGAGCAGGAGAGCCCUCCCUGGGCUCAACGGCGGGCCUGCGUGAAGUCAAUCGAAACCUAUCCGGCGGUUCCCCAAAGGGGGUCGCCUUUCAGUUCCUCACCGCGUCCGAGAGCGAGCAAGACCGGCUUCCAGAGCUCUUGGCGACAGCGAUCGGCGUACCCGUGGCGCCGCAGCCGCCGGCGGGCACGGCAGUUCCAAGCGCGAACUUCACGACGACGGGCGCAGACGACCGGCAUGGGUGCCGCGGCGAGCAGCGGCAGCGGGCGCAGGAGUGCAGCGACAACGAUUCGGGCGUGUCGAUCACCCUCCACUCUCAGAUUCGGAGCCACGCCAUUUCGAAUCAGCCGGGGGCUCACGCAUCGUUCGGAAACGAGGAGCGUCCGAUGCUGGACGAGCGGCCGGCAGAGGGCGACGAGGCGAUGAGCAUGGUUGGAAGACCAGUGCACACGAUGAGCAGCAAGUGGAAGCGCAGCUCCGGGGGCGAUGAUGCGAUGACCUUGGUUGGCCGUCCCCUCUACCCCGCCGCCCGGACCGACGGAGACGACUUAAUGAGCAUGGUUGGGCGGCCUCUUCACGUCUCGGGCAACAGGUGGAACAUCUCGACCGGCCCGACCUCUGAGCCUGUGCCUAUCAGCGCGCUCGAUGCCGACGAGGCGGACGAGGGGUAUUUUGACGAGGCUGAUGAGGCCGCUGCACGUGACGAGUCCGUUGCCCGGGCCGACUGCCUUGCUCGUGAUGGUGCCUGCGCACUUGAGAUUGCGCAAGGCGAGGCAUGGGGUGUGCAGAUGCAGGUGUCGGCGGGCCUGGGCAAGUACCACGCCGCAAUGGCUGCGGCGCGCGAGGAAAUCAACCUCGCGACGCGUGACGUUGGCCGGGUCGGCCCCGCGACCGGGCGCAAGUUCAGGCGCUGCGUGUACGACACAGAGCUGGAGUGA